CAAUUUCUUUCCCAAUUAUCUUUUCAAGUUCAAAAAAAAUCUCAUCUUCAUUAAUUCUCAUUCAACGUUAUUAAAACAAGAUGGUUAGCAAGAACUCACUAUUGAAAGCUGGUGCCAUAAGUGCCCUUGCCUCUAUUGCAAAUGCUCAAUCACUUUUCACACCAAUAGAUUUCAAAUCAUCUUUGGAUUUAUACUACUAUUUCAAAAGCGGUAAUGCUAUAGCAGCAAUCACAGAUGAAGGUAUAGAUAUUGAAGGUUCUUUCAGUUCCAAUGAUGAAUUAUGUCAAGCUUUAGACGGUGCUCAAUUAGUCUACUCAAGUGAUAAAGGUGAAGAUGUUUUGUUAACAUCAAACUGUUUUUCAGUCUACCAUUUAGUUGAUAACUCAAGCUCAGAAAUAACAUGGAGUUCAUGUCAAGAAUUUCCAUUCUUUGCUAACUAUUGUCCUGGCGGUUCUGCUUCAGGUUCUGCUUCAGCUACACUAAGUUCUACUACUUUAUCAAGCACUGCUACUGCUGCUCAAAAUUCAGUCAGUGGCUCAGAAACCCUAUAUUUAACCACUGUCACAUCAACCAUAAAUAACAUUGAAACCAUAUAUACCACAUACUGUCCAUUAUCAGAAAUCACAGCUUCAAGAUCACAACCAGCAUCAAUCAGCGGUGGUACUACAAACAUCAACGCUGUUAAUGGUGCUCCAGCUGUUCAAACUUCCACAUAUGUUGUUACUGAAAAUGGUUCAGAAUCAACUUUCACCACAUUAAUUCCAAUUAGUGGAAGUGCUGCUGGUAUUGCUGGCGCUGCUGGUCCUCAAAAAACUUUUGUUGAUAACACUGAUUUCUAUGAAACUCUUGAAAGUCAUGCUUCAGCUGCCACCUCAGUCAGUGGAUCAGAUACUUAUGUUUUAAGUACUGUCACUUCAACAAUUGGUAACAUUGCCACUAUUUACACAACUUAUUGUCCAAUUUCUGAAAUUGCAACUGGCUCAGCUCCAGCUACUAUUGCUUCUGAAACCCCAGCUCCUUCUGCUCAAGGUUUAACCGCUGGUGCUGCUUCUGCUGGUACUGAAAGUGCAGCUCCAUCAGUUCAUUCAACUCUCGUCAGUUCAGUUGUUACAAACUCAGAUAACGGUGAAGUUUCUACCGUUUUAGUUCAAACUACCUACACUGUUGGUACUCCUUCAGCCCCAGCUGCUUCAGGUGCUACAGUUGCUCAACAAGGUGCUCCUUCAGGUUCAGGCUCAGUCGCUCAACAAGGUGCUUCUUCAAGCGCUGGUUCAGUUGCUCCAGCUAUUACUUCAUUCUACGAAGGUGGUGCUGCUCAAGUUAUUAGCUCCAUCUCUCUUGCUUCAUUUGUUGCUAUCUUCUUUGGAUUAUUUUGUUAAAAUUUCUUGACAUAUCUUCUUUUAAUAUCAUUUGUACAUUUAAUUACCAAAAUCUUUUAAUCAGUUAUUGAUUUUGUAUGAUUGUAGUGAUUUUGAAUUGACCAUCUGCUGAACUUGGGAGUACAUACUGGCUUUCUUCAAAGGAUAAUCAAUAUCGGUCAUAGUCCAUGACUAGGUUUAAUAAAUUACAUCAAUAGUAUAAUGACAUAGAUGGUACUCUCUACUACACUGUAUAUUUGCCAAUGGAGUUGUUGUACAACUCAAAUCAGAUCUUUACUGGAUAUGUUAUGACGUGCAGUUGAAAUUGGAAAUUAAUUGAAGCACAUCUGUCAUAUUGAUCGAUUCGAUCACAUACAUACAGUCGAAAUUCGAAACGAUAAUUUGAAAGACAGAAGACGUAAGUUGUUAGCGUAACAGCUUGGGAAAGUUUUAACUUCCAUAUUCCGUAACUUUGCACUUUAUUGUUUGGUUACGUCCUCCACAUAGUUACGACAAAUCAG